AUGUCGUCCUUUUCCGCACAGUCCACCAGUGAAGAAGUCUGCCAAGUCCUGGCGGACCAUAUUAAAGGGAGCAAAGUCCUAAUUACUGGCGUCACACUAGGCAGUGUUGGCGGCGAGGCAGCUCUUCAACUCUCCCGUCACCAGCCGGCUCUCCUGGUCCUGGCCGGUCGCAACCUGCAGACUCUCCAGGCUGCCGAAAUUGCCAUCAAAGCCGAGACACCGGGUGCAAAUACUCGUCUUCUCAUUCUAGACCUCAGCUCGCAAAGAAGCGUCCGCAAGGCAGCUGCAGAGGUGAACAACUAUCCGGAGCGCAUCGAUCAUCUCAUCAACAACGCAGGCAUCAUGGCGACACCGUACACAACCACCGCAGAGGGAGUGGAACUGCAGUUUGGAACAAACCACAUUGGCCACUUUCUCUUUACCAACCUGCUCUUGGGGAGAAUGAUGAGCGGAGAGUCAAAGGUUCGAGUGGUGAAUGUCAGCAGUGCUGGCCAUAAGCGUGGACCUGUCAGGUUCGACGAUGUGAAUUUCGAGGUUUGUUCUGUCCCAAAAAUGAUCACCCUUCGUAUAUGA